CGCUUAUCCGUUUAUGUAAAGGUCGUGAUGUUGGACGAUAAAUCCAAACUAUGUGUUCCGUCUUUUUAUAUCGAGAACCUGCUGGGGACCUCCGGCGGGGAUUUGUCUGCCGGAAAGCGGGUGGAGAACCCCGGCUUCAGAGUUAGCGGCGCUGCACCCAGUUCGGUGGGCAAGGAGCUGGAAACAGGAAUGUUUCCAAACGCUAGAGGUUUUGUAGCAGAGCUUCAUGGGCUCAGCCUUUCAGAUGAACAGGGGGCCCAUGGACCAACAGUUCAAGGAGAUUUCCAAGCUUCAUCAGACUCAGCCGAGGAGAGCGAUGAAUCAGGGAAGAGAGACAGCAGUCUCACUAAUGACAGAAAGGAAAAAACGAAGCAUCCCUCCUGCAACCGAGGAGAUGAUAUAGGUAAGAUAGGUGAGGUGAAAAUGCUGCGGAAGAAGAAGACCCGCACCGUGUUCAGUCGUACUCAGGUCUUCAAGCUUGAGUCCACCUUCGACCUGAAACGUUACCUAAGCAGCACUGAGCGAGCUGGGCUGGCCGCCUCGCUGCAGCUCACAGAGACGCAGGUCAAGAUCUGGUUUCAAAACCGAAGGAACAAAUGGAAACGUCAGAUCACCACCGACAUGGAAACCAGUGGCGCCCUCGCACCGUACACUUCCCACAAGGUCGUCAGAGUUCCUGUGGUGUACAGAGAGAACAUCGGCAUGCCUGUGACUCUGACCAGCCUACCUCAGGUGUCAUCACCAAUUAUUGGGCUCUCAGAUCCCAUCACCUUUCCAAUGACUGGACACCUUACCCACCCAGUGAUGUUCAUGUCACAACAGAUGGCAGGACUAGUAUGAUGUAUGUUUGGAAAUAAAGAGAAAACACUAGAAAUUCAAACCAACCAAUAUAGAUGCCCUGAACUUUUUCACGAAACUCUGGGAUUAUAAUUUGUUCUGGAUAUCUUUUUCUAAUAAAGGCAACACAGUCCCAUCAAGGUUUUA